AUGAGUGAGGAUGAAGCUUACGAGAGCACUGUUGAGUGCAUAACAGGAAUUAUAUCCAAGGCUGUAUCAACCAAGGGAAUGAUGGAUGUAUACAGUUCCUUAUCUGAAGAAGGCAAAAGGGAAUUUGAGGUUGCUUACAGCGUCUCAUAUCAUCCCUGCUUGGUCAUCUUACAUGACUGCUAUAAUGGUGUAGCCUGUGGUAGUGGGAUGAGUAGUGUUCUCCUUGCUGGGAAUCCGCUUCUCUUUCAUGAAAAGGAUGGUCUGGUAGCUUUUCCAAUGAGUAAAAUUGAUCAAACACAUGCUUGGAUUGUUGGUGAACUAGUCCGAUCUGGCCAGCCAAGAGGGAGCUUAGUUCCACUGCAUCCUUUCACUUGUGGUGUCUUUAUGGCAUUAAUGAUGGCCCGGGUUGAAAUUUUGAGGAAGAAAGGGCAAUCGUACUCUGCAAUAAUCCAUGGAUCUGUAAUAGAGUCUGUGGAUUCCCUGAAUUCGCUUAUGCAUGCCCUUGAACGUUCUUAUAUGCUUGAUAACUGCUCUGCCACAGCAACAUUGGAAUCAAGGAAAUGGGCUCAUCUUUUUGACUAUUUUCUCAACCAGCGGGCAUUGGUGGCAGUGGACAAUGGUGCUCCUAUCAACCAUGAUCUCAUCAGUAACUUACUAUCAGAUCCUGUGCAUAGAGCCAUUGAAGUCUACGACCAAUUGACCUCCACCAUCAGCACUCGAGUGCCAUCAGAUAUUGGGUCUGUGCGACCUGAGUUAGGCCAAUCUAGCAACUGA